GAGAGAGAGAGAGAGCAAGCAGAGGAGAGAGAAGGCACCAUCAAUCCCAGCUGUGAGCCUCUGACGUUGAAUUAUAUACACAAAAAUAUUAUAACACGCAAGAACCCAAUAAUAUAUUGUGUUUCGGAUCAAAUAUAAUAUAAAAAAAUCGAUAUAGAUCCACCAAAAACUCAACAAAAAGAUCUAUCCAAGCAACACCCAGAUCACAAAAGAACGCAGAAGCAACUUUUUUGUCCUUUGGGAUCUCAAAAGCUGGAAACUUUGCGGUUCCGUUUGUUGUUUUGGAGUUAAAUUUGUUGCGUUCUUCUGUUCUGUUAAGUUUCUUAAGUUUGGGAAGUGCUUUUGGCAACGGGAAUUUUUGGAUAAGUUUCUGAAAAUGGAAGGUUCGGGGAGUACGAGGGUGGAGAAGAGAGCGUAUGAAUUGGAUGCCGAUGCAGAUGGUCAUCCCCCCGAGCCGAAGAAGCAGAGAUUGCCCACUUUGGCAAGUGUAAUUGUGGAAUCUUUGAAGGUAGAUAGCUUGCAAAGACUUUGCUCAUCUUUGGAGCCUCUUCUCCGCCGAAUUGUUAGUGAAGAAGUGGAGCGAGCUUUGACAAAGUUAGACCAUGCUGAACUGGCUGGAAGGUCUCCACCACCGAGAAUACAGGGUCUAGAAGGAAAAACCCUGCAACUACAAUUUAAAACAAGAAUGCCACCUCACCUAUUCACAGGUGCAAAGGUUGAAGGAGGGCAAGGAGCAGCGAUUCAUGUUGUCUUGGUCGACCUCAGCACAGGCAGUGUUAUGCAAACAGGACCCGAAUCUGCUGCAAAACUGAAUGUUGUGGUGCUGGAAGGUGACUUCAAUGAGGAAUCUGAGGAUAAUUGGACAAAAGAACACUUUGAAAACCAGGAAGUAAAGGAACGUGAGGGGAAAAGGCCUCUUCUGACAGGGGAUCUACAGGUUGUUCUCAAGGAAGGGGUGGGUACUCUCGGAGAUCUUACCUUCACCGACAAUUCUAGCUGGACGAGGAGCAGGAAAUUUAGGCUCGGUGUUAAGAUUUCCCCUGGAUAUUGUGAAGGAAUUCGUAUUUGUGAGGCUAAAACGGAUGCCUUUUCUGUUAAAGAUCACAGGGGAGAAUUGUACAAGAAACACUACCCACCAGCUUUGCACGAUGAAGUCUGGAGAUUGGAUAGGAUAGCAAAGGAUGGAGCUCUGCACAAAAAACUGAUGAAGGCUGAGAUCAUAACCGUUGAAGACUUCCUUCGCCUUCUUGUCAAGGACCCACAGAAACUAAGAAGUAUGCUUGGGAGCGGGAUGUCCAACAGGAUGUGGGAAAACACAGUCGAGCAUGCCAAAACUUGUGUCUUGGGUGGAAAGCUCUAUGUUUACUACACUGAUCAGGCUCAUGGCACGGGUGUUGUUUUCAAUCACAUUUACGAGCUCAGGGGACUUAUCGCUGAUGGGCAAUUUCUUCCCUUGGAGUCACUCACCCACACUCAAAAGGUUUCAGUGGAUUCUCUGGUUAAGAGAGCGUACGAUAAUUGGCAACAAGUCAUAGAAUAUGACGGCAAAGUCUUACAUGCUCUCGCUGGAAAUAAAAAGGUCACGAGAGCCUCACCUGCACCCGUGGCUGACUACAACAACUAUGCUAUAAUGGAUCACCAUUCUGCAUCUACUCAGAAUAGCCAGCAGCAGUACCCCCCUCAAUUCAGCCAACAGUUCCAACCCGAAAAUAACCACCCAUCCGUCUCUCAGUUCAUUGAAUUUCCAUUUGUGAGUUCCAACCAAACAACGUUGAUCAAAUUUAAUGACCCAGAACCAGCAGCAUUGCCUAGCAGCACGGGUUACAUGCCAUCUGCUGGCGGUUCAGAUUUUUCGGGAGAUUGGACACGGCCAAACUACGGGAAUGGAUUGGACGAUUUUGUUGCUGAUGAAAUCCGGAUCAGGAGUUCAGAGAUGUUGGAGAGUGAUGACAUGCAAAGACUGCUCAAGACGUUUAGUAUGGGAGCCGGCGUAGGAGCAGGAGGAACUGGUUUUGGUGCUUCUGAUGAGUCUUGUUACAAUUACAGUGUACAAUACGAGCCUCAGAUAGGCCAGCCGUUCAGGAAGGAGCACGCGAAGAGCUCAGGGAAGGCUGUUGUCGGGUGGCUUAAGCUCAAAGCGGCUUUAAGGUGGGGGAUUUUUAUUAGGAAGAGAGCUGCAGAAAGGAGAGCUCAGCUUACAGAGCUAGACUAAAUCAAAUGCUAGGGUGAUUGUUUAAUUCCGUUUGCUUUGCAGAGACGAGACCACGAAAAAGAGAACGAAAAUUAGGAAUUUAAUCAUGUGUUGAAAUAUUUCAGCGUUCUUUUAUCCUUGUGUAUCCAGAAUUUGUUUGAUGCUGUACGAGGCAUGAAACACCCGGCAUAUAUCAUAAUUUUCGUGACA